CCAUGGAAACCAGAGGCCAAACCUGGGAAACCCACGGCCGUGCUCCCACCCCACCAGUUAUAUACCCCCUUCUCUCCGCCUCCUCCUCCUCGCACAUCACCAUCGUCUUUAGCUGAGGUAGGAGUAGGAUUUCGACCAUGAGGAUGAGCUGUAACGGAUGCCGAGUGCUGCGGAAAGGGUGCAGCGAGAACUGCAGCAUCCGCCCGUGCUUGCAGUGGAUCAAGAACCCCGAGUCCCAGGCCAAUGCCACCGUCUUCCUCGCCAAGUUCUACGGCCGCGCUGGCCUCAUGAACCUCAUCAACGCCGGCCCUGACCACCUUCGCCCUGCUAUAUUUCGAUCUCUGCUGUACGAGGCUUGUGGGCGGAUCGUCAACCCUAUCUACGGCUCCGUCGGGCUGCUGUGGUCCGGCAGUUGGCAGCUCUGCCAGGCUGCGGUGGAGGCCGUGCUCAAGGGAUCCCCCAUCGUCCAGAUCCCUUCCGAGACGGUGGCCUCCAUCCCCGCCCCGCCGCUCAAGGCCUACGACAUCCGCCACGUCUUCAAGGGCCCCGGUGCCGCCGCCGCCUCCAAGGCCGCUGCGGAGCUGCACAAGGUCAACAAGCCCCGCUCCCGGUUCAAGCGCUCCGGGUCCAAGCCCGCCCGGGCGGCGACCCCCCCGCCCGAGUUCCAGCGCGCCCGGAGCCACGAGUCGGUUGCCAGCGACGCCACCGUGCCCGUCACGCCGUCGGCCGCUGCCGGGGGAGAAGACGGGGAGUGCCGGGAGAACGAGUGCAUGUCCUCCGCGGACACCGCGGAGGAGGCGUCGCACGUGAGCCAGGGCGAGCCGGAGCAGCCCGAUGAGGACGAGGUCGGCCUCGAACUCACCCUCGGCUUCGAACCGGUCUCCUCCGAGCCGGCUCCUCGGCCCGCUCCGGAGGCGCGACGCCACCUCAGCUGCUGGGAUGCGGACGCGUGCACGGCCGAUCUCGGCCUGGCACUGCCCGCGACAUCAUAAACCCAACCAAGGAGAGUGUUUUUAGCAUGUUUUGAGGAAUUUGUAUCGCAAUCAUCUCUCUCUCUCGCCUCUUUUGGGUAGUAUUAGGUGUUAGAUUAGAGUGGUUUAGUGUGUGUGUGUGUACAGAGACUAUGAGGUAUAUGUUCGCAGCCAUUCCCAUAUAUUAUUAGCAUGUAUCAUUAUGAA